AGAAAUGGAGGCUUUCUGAUUGACUGUUUCCAAGGAGACCGCUGACACUACCUAGAAGAACUGGGAUAAGGCUCGGUGCUCUGGGAAGACAGACACCAUGUCGUUUUUGUUUGACUGGAUCUACAGAGGGGUUAGCAGUGUUUUACAGUUCUUAGGUUUGUACAGAAAGACAGGGAAGCUGGUAUUCCUGGGUCUAGACAACGCCGGUAAAACAACGCUGCUGCACAUGUUGAAGGAUGACAGACUUGGUCAGCACGUACCAACACUGCAUCCAACCUCAGAGGAGCUGACAAUUGGUGGCAUGACAUUUACCACAUUUGAUUUGGGAGGUCAUGUACAAGCUCGGAGAGUUUGGAAGAACUACCUGCCGGCUGUGAAUGGCGUUGUGUUUCUUGUUGACGCUGCUGAUCAUGAAAGACUCGCUGAAUCAAAGACCGAACUUGACGCGCUCCUUUCAGAUGAAACCAUAGCCAGUGUACCGGUGUUGGUGUUGGGCAACAAAAUCGACCGUCCAGAGGCCGUCAGCGAAGGAGCACUGAGGGGAGCUUUUUGUCUCGAUGGUCAGGUGACGGGGAAGGGAAACGUCUCCGUGAAAGAGCAGAACGUUCGCCCGCUGGAGAUAUUCAUGUGCAGCGUUCUGAAGAAACAAGGCUACGGGGAAGGCUUUAGAUGGUUAUCACAAUACAUCGACUGACACAAAGAAGAAUCUGAGGGGAUUUAAUUGACGUGUUAACCCGAAACGCGACGAACACCAUUAACCAGCGACAAAUCCAAUCAUGAAAAACAUUUCCUUUCACCAUUUAAAUUUCUCUAUGCAAACAGCGAACGGGUUUAUUAACGCGGGAGAGUCGCACGACACGACGAGCACCGAAUUACAGUACAUGAACAGCCAGAUAAUCUGCAGGACUGUAGAUUUGUUUUCCACCGUCCUGAAUUAUUUAUUGGUUAACACGCCAGCUGCUUGAUUUCAAAUUUAUUAGUAAGAGUAUGAUGAUGCGUAAGGAGUUGUUUAGAUUGCGCUGAUGGGCUUUACGCCCGUCUGAUUUCUAACAGAUAUAGCUGGGAUUUAGAUUAGAUUUUUAGAACAGUUCCUUGAACAAAUAAAGAAAUAGAGAGGAUUAAUUUUGAUCUGAUUUAAUCUGAUGGUGCGCAGCCUCUACCUCUAAAGCACAAAGCCAAAUAUGUAUGCUAAUUUUCUUGGGGAUUAACAGGGAGAUAGAUUUUAGUUCAAUAAAAUAUCUUCUUUGCUAAGCACUAAACCA